AGAGAACGAAGAGAACGGCAGAUCUUGGUGCCCCACAAGGACGUGAUUGCUGUGCCUGUGACGAUGUCGAAUUUGAGCGAUAAGCUGAACAGCGAGGCGUUUUGGCAGGACUUCAUGCGGCGUCCCGAGGCGCAGGAGGCGUUGCGUCAGGAGCAGCAGCAGCACCUGCAGCAGUACGCCGCCUCGGUCAAGGAGUCGCUGGUCAAGGAGAAGGAGGAGCUCAAGGAGGCCCUCCUCGACUGCGGCGAGGAGCUUAGGCGGAUGCUGGCGCCCAUCGUCAAGUACGACAUGGUCCACCGGCUGCUCUACAACACGCUCACCGACUGCAACAAGCACGGCAUCUCACUCAACGACAGGCUGCUCGAGGACCACCCCUUCCGUGAGAGGCUGCAGCAGCUGUCCGACGAGUGCAAGGCAAACCCGGAACACCGUAAGUGCACUAACCAAACAGACAGAUCUUCACGGCACCAUACACACAGAGAGGGGAGAGGGGCGGGGAAGGGCGUACGUGUUCACGGCUGUGUGUGCUGGACGUGUUUGUGUGUGCAGUCAAGGCGAUUCAGGAUCAGUGGAGUGAGGUAGUGUUUGACGCCAAGAGGGCCGAGGACGAGGAGAAGGCCAAAUACACCACACCGCUCAUACCCGCACAGCAAGACCUCAUCUCAGGUACCUCCAAGGCACACACUCACACCCAACGCCCAUCAUGCCUGAGACGCCUAUCGAUCUGACUGAUGGUUGCCUGUUGUGUCCGUUGGUCGGUUGGUCGGGGCUCAGAAGCGUUGCGUGGCCACGACAAGCCUGUGAGCAAGCGGCGGCUGGACGCCUACACCCUCAAGACCCACCUCACCACUGCGCAGCAGAUGCGCAAAGACGGAAACGAAAAGUACCAAGCCGGCGACUACGAAAAGGCUCUGGAGAGAUACACAAAUGUAAGACGGGAGGGCAGGGCCCGGCUAAACCACCCACCCACCACAAACAGCAGCAGUAGGGGAACAUCUGCCGUGUGUGUGUGUGUGUCACACCACACCAAUCUCAUCAGGCCGUCGGUUUGCUGUCGCCCAUCACUGGGUCGAACCCCAACGACACCAAGCUGCUCAACGAGCUGUACAUCCUCGUGCUCAAGAACCAGGCAGCGGCCGCACUCAAAUGCGAGCGGUGGAACACGGCCAUCGGUGAGUGAGGCAACCACAGCGACCGACCGACAUGAGAGAGACCAUCAGUGCGUGGAUGGUGUGGCGUGUUGUGUUGUGUUGUGGUUAGCUGCUGCGACUGAUGCCCUGUCGAUAGACGAGUACGACUGCAAAUCGCGCUACCGCCGAGCACAGGGGCGGGCCAUGUUGGGCGACAUCGACGGGGCCAGACAGGACUACCAGGCCAUUAUCGAUGAGUGAGUGAGCAACUGGCACACGCAGAUGGAGAUCUGACCUGGUGUGUGUGUGUGGGGGGGUGUGGUUAUCAGGCCGUGGGUGGAUCGUGAUUCCAAGGAGGCGGCCAAGAAGGGUCUCCGUGACCUGGACAAGAUCCAGAGGAACCACAAAAAGUCCUUCAACAACUUCUGGGCAAAAACACUCGACAAGGUACACACAUACACACACACACCUGUAGAUAUCCCUACAUGGCCCCUCAUCGUUGCCUUAUGUCCGUCCAUCAGGGUGUGUUCAGCAAGGAGCGUGCCAAAGACGGCGAGGCCCCUGACGCCGAGACCGACACGAGCGAUGCGGGCGCUACGCGGUCAGACGGCACGCCCCCGCCACCGCUGACCAGGAAGCAGACACUGGAGGUCCUCGAGGCACUCAGGAACGACUAUGCGGUGAGGCCACACACACACACAGUCAUAGGUGCGUCUGGUCAUGUGUUCAUCAUGUGUGUGUGGGUGAUGCGUAUGCGUGUGCAGCGGUCGGACACGCAGGACAAGUUGCGUGUGUUGGCGGAGGAGGUGGAGCUCGACGAGGAGGCCUUCAUGGCCCGCCUCAAGGACGCCCUCCCGCCCCUCUCGCACUCGCAGUUCGCCUGGGCCCAGGACACCUACAGCAAGGCCGACCGAGACCUGAGGAGGGAUCUGGACACCUCGGUGACGUACUGGCGCGUGUCUGACCCGUCUGUGUCUAACCUGAACAGCGCUAUAUGGCAGCUGAUAAUGCAGGAGCUCAUGAUUAAAAAGAGGAGCAAACAGAUGGAGGGCUGGGAGGACUACUAG